AUGCAAAUGAAAUCUCUCGCAUUCCUUGGCUCCCUUGCCAUUGGCGCUUUUGCGCUCAAUGUCAACAGGGAAGCGAUACCUGGGGAUGCACCCACUUCAGCAACGACAUGCUCCGAUAUCACUAAGACUGUGACCUCCAUUGCAACGAUCUCGUACGGCACAACCAAGACGACCACCAUCACAGUGAUUAAGACGGAGACAGAGGAGGUGACAAAGACCGUCACUGGUCCCGGUGCAACAGUCACAAAGACUGAGAGCUACACCGUGACCUCAGUCAAGCCCGGUCCUACCCAGACCGUCACGGCCACAGUGACAGGAAAGGGCCCUGAAACGACCAUCACCAAGACAGAGAGCUACACUGUCACCACUACCAAGCCCGGCCAGACUUGCCCCACCUCAAAGCCCAGCUGUCCUACCUUGACCAGCACUGCAACGUACUGCAAGAGCUGCUUGGUCCCGGACUGCACGACCACAUCGUAUCUCACCAAAUCGGCUGGAUGCGAUGUGCUAGCCACUGCGACCCCAGCCAUAGUGACGGGGCUGACUUAUUACACUGAAGACCAACUUGAUUUACAAUCGACCUGCAACGCUGCGUGCUGCAGAUUCGAAGUCAAACUACCAAAGAUCGAGAAUGCGAUAAGUUGCAAUUGUCGUCUUUGCCGCAAGUCUGGUUACCUGUGGGGGUUUCCAGAGGCUGGAGACAUCAAAUAUACCAAAGGCGACGAGGACACUCUAGCUGGGUUUGAGACCGAGGCGCUGAGCCAUGAGUUCUGCAAUUACUGUGGCACAGGCCUGUACGGAACACACAAAGCCGGGCCACUGGAGGGCCAGCCCGGCAUCAAUCUUCGAACCAUUCUUGACGUGAACCCUUUUGACUUGAUGACUCAGGGAGCACAGACCGCCUCAGCCGUAGCUGAAGACCCAGUCGUACUCCCAGAAGCUCUGGAAAAGAGUCUACGUUCAGAAGAGCUGGAAGGUGACGGUGUCAAAAUUUACACCGGCACGUGCGCAUGCGGCAACGUGGCAUUCUCAGUCAGAACACCACCACUGGUCGCGGUUGAAGUCAAGGAGGACAACUGCAGUAUAUGCCGAAGAAGAGCAGCCAUUACCAUCUAUCCAGAUCGAGAUCAGGUGACGCUCGUCGGCAAGGAAAACACGACCACGUACGCCUUUGGGCGGAAAUUCAACGAGGCACCGUUCUGCAAGACGUGUGGUGUUGCGUGUUAUGGCGUGCCUAUUGGGCCGCCACAGGAGGUUGUUGACAAGCUGCCCGAGGCGAAGAAGCAGUUUGUGGAAAAGCAAAGGCGGAUCCAGCCUCUGUAUGUGAGAGCUAUGGAUGGGGUGGAAUGGGAUGAUAUCCACGUUGAACAAAGCGAUGAGGGAACUGAGGGCUAUGUGCUAUCUGAUGAAUAA